GCGGCCGGGGCGAGGCGAGGAGUCAAGGGCCCCAGAGCAGCCCGGGCAGCAAGACGUAUGGUGGGGCCCCCAGAGCUAUAAGUGCCGCCCGGGCCGGCUGGGCCUCCAGCCAUGCUGCUCCUCGGGCUGCUGCUGCUGCUGGCCGCGCUGGCCAGCGCCCGCCUGCUCUGGGGCCAGUGGCAGCGCAGGAGCCUCCACCUCCCACCUCGUGCCCCUGGCUUCCUGCACUUGCUGCAGCCCAACCUCCCCAUCCACCUGCUGGGCCUGGCUCAGACCCUCGGGCCUGUGUACAGGCUCCGCCUUGGGAUGCAAGAUGUGGUGGUGCUGAACUCCAAGAGGACCAUUGAGGAGGCCAUGGUCAAGAAGUGGGUGGACUUCGCCGGCCGACCCCAGAUCCCGUCCUACGAGCUGGUGUCCCGGCACAACCAGGACCUCUCCCUGGGGGACUACUCCCCGCUCUGGAAGGCGCACAAGAAGCUCACGCGCUCCGCCCUGCUGCUGGGCAUGCGUGGCUCCAUGGAGCCCUUGGUGGAGCGGCUGGCCCAGGAGUUCUGUGAGCGCCUGCGGACCCGGGCCAGCACCCCGGUGGCCAUCCAGGAGGAGUUCUCUCUCCUCACCUGCAGCAUCAUCUGUCACCUCACCUUUGGAGACCAGGAGGAUGCCGUGGUGCACGCCUUUCAUGACUGUGUCCAGGACUUGAUGAGGACCUGGGACCACUGGUCCAUCCACAUUUUGGACAUCGUUCCCUUUCUCAGGUUCUUCCCCAGCCCCGGCCUCCGGAGGCUGAAGCAGGCUGUGGAGAGCAGGGACCACAUGGUGGAGGGGCAGCUGAGGCGGCACAAGGAGAGCAUGGUGACGGGCCGCUGGCGGGACGCGAUGGACUACAUGCUGCAGGGGGUGGGGAAGCCGCCGGCAGAGCAGGGCUCCGGGCAGCUCCUCGAGGGGCACGUGCACAUGUCUGUGGUGGACCUUUUCAUCGGCGGCACCUCGACCACCUCGACCACCCUCUCCUGGGCCGUGGCGUUUUUGCUUCACCACCCUGAGGUCCAGAGGCGACUGCAGGAGGAGUUGGACCGUGAGCUGGGCCCCGGGGCCUGGUGCUCCCGAGUCCCCUACAAGGACCGCGCGCGGCUGCCCCUGCUCAACGCCACCAUCGCGGAGGUGCUGCGCCUGCGGCCGGUCGUGCCCCUGGCCCUGCCGCACCGCAGCACGCGGCCCAGCAGCAUCUCCGGCUACGACAUCCCCGAGGGCACGGUCGUCAUCCCCAACCUCCAAGGUGCCCACCUGGACGAGACGGUCUGGGAGCGGCCACACGAGUUCUGGCCUGACCGCUUUCUGGCUCCCGGCGGGAGCCCCGGCGCGCUGGCCUUUGGCUGUGGGGCGCGGGUGUGCCUGGGCGAGCCGCUGGCGCGCCUGGAGCUGUUCGUGGUGCUGAGGCGCCUGCUGCAGGCCUUCACGCUGCUGCCGCCCGCGGGCGCCCUGCCCUCCCUGCAGCCCCAGCCCCAGGGCGGCGUCAACCUCACGAUGCAGCCUUUCCAGGUGUGGCUGCAGCCCCGGGGAGCGGACGCCCAGGGCCCAGGCCCGGGCCAGUGA